AUGACGACGGCAACGUCAACGACGACAGCUACGACGACUACAACGAUAGUUGCAACAACGAUAGCUACAACGAUAGCUACAACGACAGUUGUAACAACGGCAACGACGACAGCUACAGGAACGAUAGCUACAACGACAACGACAGAGACAGUUAUAACGACUAUAGCUACAACGACAACGACAACGACAACGACAACGACAACGACAGUUAAUGAGAAGGACAGCUACAACGACAGCUACAGCAACGACAAAGACAACGACAAAGACAACGACAGCAACAACGACAACGACAGCUAUAACGACAACGACACCAACGACAGCUACGACGACAGCGACGACGACAAUGACAACCUGGACCAGCAUCAAGCCUCAAAACAGAGACUCAAAGCAGAAAUAUGCACAAGUACGUGA